AUGACGGAGACCCGGCUGCUUGGAGCCCUGGGCCACAAGUCUGAACACAGAGACCCACUUCUGCUUGGGGAGGCAGACACUGAACAAACAGCUGCACACACGCCCAUUGAACUACAAACAGAGAAGAACGUGGUGUUUGUUACUGAGGUGAGCAGCUCCAUGUUUGGUAGCAAGAUAGAGCAGACUGAAAAAGCCAUGAAUGUGAUCCUCAGUGACCGGCAAGCCAAUGACUCCUUCCACAUCAUCUACUUUUCUGACCCAGUCAGUGCCUGGAAAUCUGGAGGCACUAUGCCCAAUAUCCACAGUGCCGAAGGCUGCUCGGGUCGCGAGGAAGCUGAUGGUGGCAUCCACAUCAACGUAGCUGUGCUGGAAGCUGUUCCAGUGCUGAGCUAUAGCAAUCGAGAGUCCGGAAAGUCCCACGUGGGGAGAAUUCCUCUUGUCAUCUUGCUGAAAGACGGGGAGCCUACAGUCAGCGUCACAACACCCAGUGUGAUCCUUGCCAGUGUUUGAAAGGUGCUGGGCCACAGGGUAUCCUUCUUCAGCUUGGCCUUUGGAGAUGAUUCUAACUUCCCACCGCCGGGACAUCUGUCCCUGGAACCCAGGUAGGGGGUGAAGAAGGGGGCGGGAUCAGCCUGAUGCAUACGUGAGGUCGCUGAAGUGGCCCUCCAGCUAGCGGGCUCCUAUGAAGAGCUCUCCGUGCCUCUGCUAGCAGAUGUGCACCUGGACUACCUGGGUGGCUUGGUUGGAGCCUGCCCGCAGGGCCUUUUCCCCAACUACUUUGGUGGCUCAGAGCUGGUGGUGGGUGGCCAUAUACAGCCCGGAGAGCAGGAACCGGGCCUCCACCUGGCAGCCCAUGGCCCCGAGGGUUAGCCUCUUGAGGCACACCACAGCGAAGGAGCCACAAACAGCAGCCAGAAGGCCUUUGGUUCCUGGGUUGGGGAGGCAGCCCUCCACGUGACCUGCUUUAUCCACCACCUCUGGGCCUAUGGCACUAUCGGAGAGAUGCGGUUCCAUGUCAGAGACGUCACCGAUCUCCACCUGCUCAGUGCCAACGUCCUCAACUUGUCCCUUGAAUACAACUUUGUCACCCGUCUGCCUUCAGUGAUAGUGGUGCGGUCCACAGAAGCCAGUGAGGAGGCUGGGAGACAGCCACCCAACAACACGUCUAUGCCAGGCACUACCGCAACCUCCUCCAGCAGUGGCUGUGGCCUAAGAACAGGCACAGCUCAGCCAGCCUUGAUGCCCAAGUUCUCCUCCAAGUCCAGGGCUGUGAAAACAACCUCAACUAUGAGUGCCUCUCCCAAUAAAGCCUAUUCCUCAGAGCUGGAGCCACUGAACCCGAACAACUUGCCACACUCUGCACCUGGAAUCCUCUUGCCCAGGAGCCCUAAAAUCGUGUCACCUCUUAAACCCAGUGCAUCAUCUCAACCAACUUCCACAGGCUCAUAAUUUCCCAAGCCUGGAAUCCCAAUCCCCCAUACACCCCACACCCAGCUGUUCUCUAGACCUGUCAAACCCAGACCCCCACCUCUGCAGAGCCUUAGCCCAUUCCCCAACACGGUCUCAAGUCCCAAAGGUCCUAGCGGUACCGCGACCACCUCUGUCCUGGGGCAACUCUCCCCUCUCCCUUUACCCCAGGAGUGUCCUCUCGAACCUCCUGGGAGACCCUGCCAUCAGCACGAUCUGCCUCUAGGGCCCCAGAAGACCAGGCAAUUUCCGAGCCCAUCUUAGCCUGGAGCCCCAACAAUGGGCCUACCCAAAGGUCCCAGGACUAUGCCAGAAGGCUGACUCCCAAACCUGCCAAACUUGCUGCCUUCCUGCACCCUUCUUGAGGCCAUCAGUGUUCACCUUCUCCCAGAGGGAGUACAGUAGCUGUCUGAGUCCAUGAUGGAGUCCAAGUUCGUGGACUCCUUGAACCCACAAGCUUUCUCUACCUUCUUCCCUCAUCAGAAGGAUGAGCGUUUGGAUGUCACUCAGGAGCUGCAUGAUGAGAGUGCAGUCCUUGCAGGAAUCCUUCUUCAGAGUGGCCUCUUCAGACGACUCCAGGACAGUCACCCUCUUCGCACCAGCGGCCACUUCGGCCAGCUGGCGGUAAUAGUCCCACUGCGUUUGCAGGUAGAACACUUUGCUCUCGAACUGGGUCUCACUGCUACCCUUGAUCAGCAUCUGCAGACAUCUUCCGCUCAAGGCUGCUGCUCCACGCUGCUGCUCCACGCCGCCGCACACCACAACCUCAUUCUUCGUAUAGGCCACAGGCAGGAGGUUCCGUUCUUCGUUGGAGAGUGGCUCAUUCGGCUCCGUCACGUUCUUCCUGGCUCUGUCGUGCUCUUCAAGUCGUCUCAGCGCUCGACCUUCUCUGACAGCCUGGCUUUCUGCACCGAUGGCACUUGGCCAAAUACCUUCACCUUCUCAUCCUCUGCGGAGGACCCCCGCUUUAUGAUCCACAUCCCACACUCAGAAGAGAGGCUCUGCUUCGCACUGGAUGCUACAAAACCUGUGCUUGGGGCACCACCAAGACCAGGCCAGGGAGACCAGACUCGCACAGACUGCCAGAUCAUCACAGUCACUGCCUUCAAACCCCGGGCCUGCAUUACCACUGUCAGCCAUAUCUGUGGUGACAUCUUGUACCUGUCCUGAGACCAGCCCGGCCUGGUGAGCAAGCCCCAAGCGGAGCUCCACGUGGCUGCCGCAGCCCACCUCACCUUCCGUCUUGGCCCCUCAUUUGUGUUCCUCAGACUCGGGCACUGCUACGGGCACUGCAGGGCCCUGCAGCUACCCUGCUUGGGAUUCGUAUGGGUGGCCAAAGACUCAGGCCUCAGUCCCUCAGCCCAAGACCUGGGGCCAAGUGCUGCUGAGGCAGAAAGGAGCCAGGGAACACUGGGCUACCGGGCUUCCUGCUGGCUAGUGACGUCCUCUCAGGUAAAGCGGUUGCUGGGCCAGGCUUACCCAGCCCAUGUUCUGUGA